AGGAAAGAUUGAAAGUGACAUACACUGAUUAGAAACCGGUCCUCUGCGUUGUUAAACCCCGCUGUGACACCGCAACUCGAACUUCGCUGGUUGUUUUCUUUUCUUGCUUUUCGGUCAGAUUGCUUUUCUUUGCCCGGACUGUAUAGCGUUUUUUUCGCGGUGCGUCGCGCUGUUUGUGAACAUUUUCUCUCUCUCUCUUCCGAGGAUGAUGCCAUGAGUUUAGAGGAGAGCACACUUGUGCCACAGAGACGCCUUUUGAGCUAAAAGGCGGGCAGACGCUUUAAAGAGGGGACGAAGAUUUACAAAAAGAGCCGAACACAUUUACGUGUGUGCGCUGCUGUCCACAAACUCUCCCUUUUCUUUCCUUCUCAUCUCCGCUCGCUCCGCUGCUUUGGGCGCUAUCCACACACACACACACACACACACUCAAACCCUUCAGCCUUCACUACCAAUAAAUCAACUUUUCUUCUCUGUGGAUCUCCUGCGCGGUCUCGACUCCAGACCCAGCAGCACAGGACCCGCGUGACCCAGGAGUCGAAUCAAAGCCCAGCCCUGGAUUCAAUACUCCUGAUCAAUGGACAAAGCCUCCUCAGCGGGCAGCAGCGCUACAGACACGUCGUAAACAACUCAUUCUCUCUGGCUGGAGAUCCUCUGGGAGCCUGGAGGAGGAUGGAGCGAGGAGGGGAGAGUCCCAUCACCCAGGACAGUCCCGAGCAGAGGGGGGGCAGCCCAGAUCUCAGCGGCCUCCCGCCACCGGGGAAGAAAGGCCGGUUGGAGCUCAACGGGAGUCCCACUGGGCCACGAAUACGCCACAACGGAGCCCCACUGAGACCCCUUGGAGGUCUGAUGAUUCCAGUCUUCUGUGUGGUGGAGCAGUCAGAUGGAGGGAUCCAGACAGACGGAUGUGAGGGACGAGAGGAGCACGCAGAGUUUGUCCUGGUCAGGAAGGAUAUACUCUUCUCUCAGCUGGUGGAGACAGCUCUGCUGGCCCUCGGGUACUCCCACAGCUCUGCAGCACAAGCCCACGGCAUCAUAAAGGUGGGAAAGUGGAAUCCUCUUCCCAUUCACUUUUUGACUGAUGCUCCAGAAGCAACAGUUGCUGACAUGUUGAUGGAGGUUUACCACAUGGUCACAUUACGCAUUCAACUACAAAGUUUUUCAAAGCUGGAGGAUCUGCCCUGCGAACAGUGGAACCAUGCAACUGUCAGGAAUGCUCUCAAAGAGCUUCUAAAGGAAAUGAACCAAAGUACUCUGGCCAAAGAGUGUCCUCUAUCACAGAGCAUGAUUUCCUCCAUAGUGAACAGUUCCUACUAUGCCAACGUAUCCACUGCCAAAUGUCAAGAAUUCGGUCGUUGGUACAAGAAGUAUAAAAAAAUCAAAGGUGAGGCUAAUAGAAGAGACAACAUGGCCGACUUCUGUGUGUUGGGCCAGAGACCUCCACCUCAUCUGGCUGGCCUGGCACAGCUUGGUCACCUGGGACAGCCCUCACCUCAUGGUCCCCUCCAUCACAGCCCUCCUCUCCGUACAGGGCAGGUGCCUCCUCCUCCCCCACCUCCACCGCCUGGUGCCCUGCAGCCCCUGCUGGGCCCAGGUGGACUGCUCUCUCCUCAACUCUCCCCGCAGCUGGUACGGCAACAGCUCGCCAUGGCCCACCUCAUCAACCAGCAGCUAGCCGUGAGCCGCCUGCUGGCUCACCAGCACCCUCAAGCUCUCAACCAACAGUUUCUGAACCACCCGCCGAUCCCACGUGGUCCAUCCAAAGCUGGCGGUGACCACCCUGGAAGCAACCCCUCUGCUUCUGAAGUCUCCUCUGAAAUCUACCAGCAGGUCAGGGAUGAGCUGAAGAGAGCUAGCGUGUCCCAGGCUGUGUUCGCCCGUGUGGCUUUCAACCGUACACAGGGCCUGCUCUCAGAGAUCCUGAGGAAGGAGGAGGACCCUCGCACGGCCUCGCAGUCUCUGCUGGUGAAUUUGAAGGCCAUGCAGAACUUCCUCAACCUGCCUGAGAGCGAGCGAGACCGAAUCUACCAGGAAGAGAGAGAGCGCACUAUGAACCCUUCGGUCGGCCUUCCCCCCUCCAACUCCUCCAACCCCGGCGCACCACGCCUUUCACAGCCCAAGCCGUCUGGCCCACCCUCCGACCUCCCACUGAAGCUGGAGUCACUGGUCAACAUUACAUCAGGCAUCUAUGAUGAAAUUCAGCAAGAGAUGAAGCGAGCCAAAGUGUCCCAAGCUCUGUUCGCAAAGGUGGCGGCCAACAAAAGCCAGGGCUGGCUGUGCGAGCUACUUCGGUGGAAGGAGAACCCCAGCCCUGAGAACCGCACUCUGUGGGAGAACCUGUGCACCAUCAGGAGGUUCCUGACGCUGCCGCAGGCCGACAGAGAUCUUUCAUACGAGGAGGAGUCCAGACACCAUCAUAGCGAGAGGCUGCACACCGUCCUCCACAUGCCACAGGACACACAGCUCUUUUGCCUUUCUCGCCAGGCACUUCACAGGCCACCCCCAGGCCCCAUGAAGGAGCAUCACCUGUCUCCAAUGCGUGAAGAACCAUUGUCUGCCCCAGCGAAUGAAGAGAGGUCACAGAAUAUGGGUGGAGGACCUACAGGUGUUGCAUCUGGCACUGUUGGCGGUGCUGGAAGCAACAAGAAGCCCCGAUCGCGCACCAAGAUUUCUCUAGAGGCCCUGGGUAUCCUGCAGAGCUUCAUCCAGGAUGUUGGCCUGUACCCAGACCAGGAGGCUAUUCAUACUUUGUCCGCACAGCUUGACCUACCCAAACACACCAUCAUUAAGUUCUUCCAGAACCAGCGGUAUCACGUCAAGCACCACGGCCGCCUCAAAGACCUGGGCGAGGGUGCUGCCGCCACUGGAGGGGUUGAUGUCAGCGAGUACAGGGAAGAGGAGUUGCUUUCGGGCUCAGAGGACCCAGAGUCGAGCGAGGAUGGGGCUGAGGAGAUCUACCAGCCCACUGAGGGGAACAGUGGGAGCAGUGGGGGGCUGAACCAGCCUCCGACAUCCUCCAGCUCCAACUCCAGCCAGUUGUCUUUAGGGUCCAAUGCGGCUCAGGAGGAUUGCAAGGACAAGGGGCAAGGCAGGCUUAGUGGACCUCUUGCACCCGGGAGCUCCUCAUCCAGUCCUCGAGAGCAGGCUGACUACCAGAGGUAGAGACUGACGAACAGAGAGGACAGAGAUAAAGAGAGAAGCACGAGAAACGUAUGUUCUGUGAUAGCAAGUGAGGAAUUACUCAAGAAAUUAUGGAGGGUGGCAGCAAAGGAAGGUUAACGUCUACCCAGGCACAUUAACCAAGACAGCAUUGGGCUGAAACACUGUACAUCUGAAAUGAUCAGACAGACUGUGUACAGUACCAAACGCAGAUUUGUAGAGUGAAAUUACCUCAGUAGAAGAAAACAGGUUAUUGGUGUGCUGUGAUACGGCAGUAGUUGUAUAAAUGUGAAAGAAUACUCCCCCGAGGAACGUUUAAAUAAUUCACCCCAGAUUUUCAUUCGUAGGAAAUACUUUUUCUACUCUGACCUCGAAACAAUCGCACCAAUUUAUCCUAAUCAGCCAGGAAAGCCACGCUCCUCCUCUUUAAAGACAGAGCACAGUCAUAUAGAACUUAAUUGGUGGGCUGGGUCCUCGACAAAAGCGACGAAAUCCUCAGGACACACGCUGAUGUUGCUAAUACUUUUGCCUGCCUGAGACCGCAGGUACACAGCACUCUCUGUGCAUCUUCAAGCUUUAUUUCAUUGUGGUAAAGGCCGACAUACACACACACACAUACUCCCUGCCUCUGCCUCACAGUCACACUCCAGAAUAGUCCAAUCUAGCACUUACUGAUCACAAGGACCCUGAUAUUUAGUGGAUGUGCUGUAUUCUCGUCCCCCUUCUCCCAUCCAUCUGUCUCGCCGCUCAAAGCUGCAAAAGACAAACUGUUUAAAACUGAGUGUGGAGAGGAGCAGUGGACAGUUUGGCAGGAGGACAGCGAAGAGGAUGUGGCGUGGAGGGACCCUCACAUUCGUGUGCAAGAGGGAAAAAAUGUUAGGAAAGAAGAGACAGAGCAGCAAGCAAUCAGUCUUUCUCUAUGUGGUAGUCCACCCCUUCCACUCUUCCUCUCCAUCUCACUCUCUCCCUCCCGCCUCCUCUCCUCUCUCUAAUUGGUGCCCACAGUCUUGUGUUUCACCACACCUACCCGCACUUAAACUUCACCAACCCUAUUUAUUGCUAUCUUUAUCCAUGAUUAUUAUUAUCAUUAUUGUUAUUAUUGUUGUUAUUAUGGUUAGAGAUGCUGUCAUUGCGUGCUAUUUUUAGUUUUUAUUUCCAUGGUUUUAAAUAUUGGUUUGCAGAACUGGGCGGUUGUUUGGAUAACAAGAGACAUUAAGAGUGCCCUGCCCUACAAGAAGAGGAAGAAGAGGAAGAAGAGGAGCGGAGAGAGCGAAAGAAAAUAAAAGAAGCAGUUACUGAGUGUUAUUGGGUGAAAAAAAAAAAGCCCUGUCAAGUCGUAUUAUGCCAGUUUUCUUUGGGUUUUUUUAUAGUUCUUUUUCACAUAAAUAGAAAAUUUGCUGGAAAAAGAAGAAAGUAAAAAUGUGCUUUUUUCUGCAGUUGAUGACAAUCUACUUUUAUGAGCCAUUAAAGAAAUGUGGCAGGUUUGACUCUGUUCUUCACUUUUAAUGUCUGUAAAUACCCGACAUGGGAUAAAUUGUUGUUGAUAUACUUUUAUUUUGCUGAGUGACUUUAAUUGUUUGAGCCAGUUUGGAGAUUUUUUUUUUCCUUAAGACAACUCAGUGGAAUCGGUUCAUUUUAUUGUGAAAAGCAAAUUCAGUCACAAGACUAUUUAAAAAGAAAGCAAAUAUCUUUUUCUUUUUCUUUCUUUGUUUGGUGUCUCUUGCAGAUGUGUAAGUAAAUAGUAUGUUGGAAACAAUAUCUGAGCAUGGAUAGUGUCUCGUUUGACUAUCCCGAUUGGCUGCUACACUCAGAAAGACGACCUGCCUUUUUAAUUUUUACGUCAAUCACUCUAUAUCAUUAUGUUGUGCUUUUCUGUAUGACAGGAAUCAGGGUUAGACUCAAAUGCAGUUCUGAUGAAAUCUUAGUUCAGUUCAGUGUUGAAGUGAAUUAAAACUUGUGAAUUCAAAAA